GGUGGGACUUGCUCGCAGGUAAAGUGGACCCGGAGCAGGUGUGCAAUCGGGGACAUGUGCCGACUGAAAAUCAAGUUCAACAGUUGAGAUUCGUUCUAGAGGCCAGCGUGUGGCCCUCCGCCGCAAUGGCUGCCCGCUGCGUAGGCAACUGCGCGCCAGUGUUCUUCCUCGCCAUCAUUUUUGACGCCGCCGGUCUGGUUGUCAUUCUGGUGGGGAUUUUUGGGAAUCUCAACGUGAACGGCCGCUUCUACGGAGACUUUCUCAUCCACACGGGCGCCCUUGUCAUUUUCUUCAGUCUGGUGUGGUGGGUGCUGUGGUACACUGGCAAUGUCCAAUCGGCGGAUCACGGGAGAAGUACGCUGGACAUCAGUUUUACGCACUGGGCGAGGAAACUGUCUGAGAGGCUCUCCAGAAGCGCCAUAAAGUCUCUAGAGAAGAAGAACGUCGGCAAAGAGUUGAACGGAACCCCGGCUCGUGACGUUCCCACUCGGAUUACUUGGCAAUUGGCAGCAGGUCACGACAACAGGGGAUUCGAUGGCGGGACUGAGUGCAACCCAGGUGGCAAAAACGUGGAGUUGAGUGUCUUGAAGGACUAGGAUGUUAAUCUGUACGCUGUGGAGAGCAAAAACAAAAACAAAAGAGAGAAGGUCAGAUUCCCAUCAAAGAUGAACGGGUGCUGCUUUUCAAAAGACUGAAAACCUUGAGAUAAAAAAAAUGCAUCCCUUUUUUUUUUUUUUUUUUUAAGAUUUCUUAAUCAGGGACAAGCCCAAUUCAAGGUAGACGGG